AUGUCUACCCGAAGGCCUCAAUUCUCCCAGCAGCUGCUCAUUGACACCACUCCGUUGCCCGCCGAUAUUCCCGCUGUCAAGGAGGUCGGUGCCAGUUCUGCUCCUCUACUUUCAGCCUCCUUCUUCAUCGGUGCUCGAUGCCGCGACUACAAUGACGAUUAUAUGCAAUGCAAGAACGAGAACCCUGGCCGAGGAGAGCUUGAGUGCUUGAAGGAGGGCCGACGAGUUACCCGAUGUGCCUCCAGCGUGCUAGGGUCAGCCGCUGACAUGAUCAACAGUAUCAAGGAUAUCAACACCCACUGCCUGGCUGAGUUCCGCAAGCACUGGGAGUGCCUCGACAAUCGAAAUCACCAGUUGUGGCAGUGCCGUCCUGCUGAGUGGAAGCUCAACAAGUGCGUCUACGACAACCUGAAACUCGAGAAGAAGAUCCCCGAUCAGCCAACGAACUCGACCCCUGUUCACCUUCGACCAAAGCAGAUCUUUGCUGAUGUACGCAUCGGGCCUGGAGACGGCAAGCCCUUCGUUCCGGGGCAGGAGGAUGCGCAACAAUAG